AGAAAUUACACCUUGGAACUGCUUUUUAAAAAUGGGUAAAAAUUGAGGUAUGAGACAGAUUCAAAGCUAACUGCUACUUGGCAUCUAUCUACUCUUGGCUUAGCUCUGUAAAGGAUUAUAUACUUCCUGCCAUUCUUCAGAGGCACAUAAAUUUACUGGGUGAGAAUUACAGCAUCUGUGCAGAACAGACUCUCAGGGAUAGGGAGGAGUUAAUUGACUUUCUCAGGGAUAACGUGACACGCUCAGAGGCUUGGCCUGAGUCAUGCAUUCUGCAACGUUGAGUGGGUCACAUCCUCUCGCUACAGAGGACUGGGGAUUCUUCCUGCCUGCACCACACGGGAGCACAUACUUCUACAGAGGAAGCCUUCCACUGCCACUCACACUCAGAACUAGGGGGAGACUGUGCUCCAUGACGUUACACACCUGACAUUUGAGAAACGAGAUUCGGGUCAUCAGAAUGAAAGAUCUCAUCUUUACAGCUGCUGGACUACUGCUUCUGGUGCCCUCUUUUUGUCAAAGUGGCAUGAAAGAUGACGCCAACUUGGCAACACCAACUUUACCCAUUAAGACCUUCCGUGGAGCUCCCUUAAAUUCUUUUGAAGAGUUCCCCCAUUCUGCCAUAGAAGGCUGGACGGCAGACACCCUACCUGUAAAAAUUAAGUGCCCUGAAGAAAGUGUUUCAAAUCUCCUCGUGAAUAAUGCCACCGUAGGGUACCUGAGCAGCCCCCUAAGUACCAAGCUGAUACCCGCCGUCUACAUUGUGGUGUUCGUGGUUGGCGUGCCAGCCAACGCCGUGACCCUAUGGAUGCUCUUCUUCAGGACCAGAUCUGUCUGUACAACUAUCUUCUACACCAAUCUGGCCCUUGCAGAUUUUCUUCUGUGUGUCACGUUGCCCUUUAAGAUCGCUUACCAUCUCAAUGGGAACAACUGGGUCUUUGGAGAGGUCAUGUGUCGGGCCACCACAGUCAUCUUCUAUGGCAACAUGUACUGCUCCAUUUUGCUCCUCACCUGCAUCAGCGUCAGCCGCUACCUGGCCAUCGUCCAUCCUUUCACUUACCGGGCGCUGCCCCAGCGUACCUAUGCCUUGUCAACAUGUGCAUUGGUGUGGGCGACGGUUUUCUUGUAUAUGCUGCCAUUUGUCAUCCUGAGGCAGGAGUAUCACCUUGUCCAGCCGGAUAUCACCACCUGCCAUGAUGUCCACAACACAUGCGAGUCCUUGUCUCCCUUCCAACUCUACUACUUCACCUCCUUAGCGUUCUUUGGGUUCUUGAUUCCAUUCGUGGUUAUUAUUUACUGCUACACAGCCAUCAUCCGGACACUCCACGCACACGAUGUUAGGUGGCUAUGGUAUGUCAAGGCAAGUCUCCUCGUCCUUGUGAUCUUUACUGUUUGCUUUGCUCCAAGCAACAUUAUACUUAUUAUUCACCAUGCCAGCUACUACUACCACAGCACUGAUGGGGUAUACUUUAUCUACCUCAUAGCUUUGUGCCUAGGUAGCCUGAAUAGUUGCUUGGAUCCGUUCCUUUAUUUUCUAAUGUCAAAAAUCUCAGAUCACUCCCCUGCCUACCUUACCACAGUGAAUUCAUCUUAGAGAACAAAGGAAGCUAUCUGUGGAAACAUUCGUUCUUGGGACGACACGCAUAGUGCAAGGUGCUCUAUUCUCUAACACUAUUUUUGGGCUCCUAAGAAAUAGUGCUUCAAAAAUCAAGCAUAAUAAGAAUAUUAGUCUUUGUUUAUUUUUAAACAUUUUAUCAGGAUUUUAAGAAAGUUAAUGCAGAAGAAAAUAUAUCACUCCUUUCUUUAUGCCAAAUGACACAGUCCCAUCUACUUCAGCUCUUUAAAUCUCUGUCUUCCUAACUUUGAGUGGUACCGCCAUCCUUGAAUUUUGACAUUACAGUUGAUCCUUCUGUCUCCUCUGCCUCUCACGCCGGUGACUGCCCCAUCAGCUCACUUUAUCUUUUUUACUGUGUCUCAUCAGGGUCCUUUAUCCCAGGCCCACCUUUGUCCCCUCAGUCUCUUUCUUUUUUUU